AUGGUUUUUGGGCUCCUCUUAGCGACGGGCGCAUCGCUGACGGCCAGCGUCCUGGUACUCCAAGUUGCCGUGCUGCCCCUGAUGUUCCGAUACAAUAAAACGGUCCAGAGGAAAGUGGUAUUCUCUAAUUGCAUAAACUUUCCGAGAAACUUGAACUACGAUAGCCCGUCUAGUUGCAGCGUUACAGGCGGGAGAAACCUCAACAUUGAGUUCCGUUCGAUCGUGGACAAUUGUCUCAUCAGAUUAGGAAUCUGGCAUAUACUGCCGAACUCUGAAAUUAAGGAUGUCGCUGAUCUGAAAACCAAUAAUACCUUUCAUGAGCUUAAGAAUAGCAGGAAUCCUGUCAUACUGUAUUGUCAUGGUAACUCAAACCACCGCGCUUCCCCACACCGCUUGAAGAUAUACAGCGUGUUCCAGGAGCUAAAUUUCCACGUUGUCACUUUUGAUUACAGAGGUUACGGAGAUUCAACGAAGGUGAAGCCAACAGAACGAGGCGUGGUCGAGGACUUGUUCCACGUGUACUCGUGGCUCCUGAAGACCCUGGAUCUCGAGGAGGAAUCCACGGUUUUCGUUUGGGGACAUUCGUUGGGAACUGCUGUCGCGGCAAAUUUCGUGUCCAACUUGGAAGAGCUGUGUCAAGAGAGAGGCUCAGAGAAACUGAGGCUUCCUGAUGCGCUGGUCUUGGAGGCUCCCUUCAAUAAUUUGAAGGACGAAAUCGCCAAACAUCCUCUAUCGAAACUGGUUUCCUGGCUGCCCUACUUCAAGAAUACGUUCGUAAAACCGUUCACCGAUUCUCCAGAUUAUUCGUUCACGACUGAUGAGUAUCUCGCCGUGGUUCCGGACCUUCCGAUUUUGAUGCUACAUUCGAAAGGGGACAGAGUCGUUCCCUAUGAGUUGGCGGUUAAGUUACAGAACAAAUUGGUACAGUCCAGAAAAUCUUCGAGCGCUCCGUUUACUUUUCAAACUUUUGAAAGGGAACACAGCAUUGGUCACAAUAAUCUGUGUGAAGCAAAACAUUUUAAAUCAGCAAUCACGGAUUUCCUACGGCUCAUAGAAGAAAGAAAAAAAAACUAA